CCCACUAGGCCUACCUAGCUGCUCCCCCCUGGACACCGACCACCAUCCCUCCAUCGCGGGGUAAAUCAGCCGCAGUACGCAUAUCACCGCAUCAUCCAUUCUUCACCCCAUACAUGCAUGCAACAUCCUCACUAACCCACCUCUCCAGAUGCCUUUCACCCAUCACAGUCACUCGGGGCAAUUCUGCCCUGGCCACGCCAAAGACUCUCUGGAGGAGAUCAUCCAGCUCGCGAUAGCCAAGAGAUUCCACACCUUCUGCCUGACCGAACACAUGCCCCGGCAUGAAGAAGAUUUCUACCCUGAAGAAAUCGAAGCUGGCAACACCCUGGCCAGCCACGUGGCCAACGAAGCCGCUUACUUCGCCGAAGCCACACGCCUGCGGACCAAAUACGCCGAUCAGAUUAAGAUCCUGAUCGGGUUCGAGAUUGACUGGAUCCGGCCGGGCUCGCGCACCCUGAUCGAUGAGUCCCUCGCCCGGCACCCGUUCGAGUUCUUCAUGGGCUCCGUGCACCAUACGCUGACGGUGCCGAUUGACUAUGACCGGGUGCUGUACGAGAAGGCGCGCGAGCUGGCGGGUGGCACGGACGAGCAGCUGUUCGAGGCGUACUUUGACGAGCAGCUGGAUAUGCUGCAGCAGGUGAAGCCGGUGGUGGUGGGGCAUUUUGAUCUGAUCCGGUUGAAGAGCGAUGACCCCGAGCGGAGCUUUACGGAGUAUCCACGGGUGUGGGCGAAGAUUCUACGGAACUUGGACUACGUGGCUGGGUAUGGAGGGUUAUUGGAGUUGAAUUCGGCGGCGUUGAGGAAGGGGAUGAGUGAGCCGUAUCCGAAGGGGGAGAUUUGCAAGGAAUUCCUGGCUCGGGGCGGACGGUUCUGUCUGUCGGAUGAUAGUCAUGGGCUGGAGCAGGUCGGGUUGAACUUCCACCGCGUGCUGCCGUUCAUGGAGCAGGUGGGUAUCUCAACGGUGCAUUAUCUGGAGCUGGGGGAGGGGGAUGCGGCCGUUGAUCAACGGUUUCCUCGGACGCAGAUCCGGUCGGUGGCAUUGGCGGAGGUGAAGGAGAUGGCCUUCUGGACGCAGGAUGGAGCCACGACGCGGUGAGUGACAGGUGCAGGUGGUGGCACAUCACAUGCAUGCAUGCAGUGACAGCUGGUAUUGCUUUUUUCCUGUGUGUCGAGCGAAGGAAUGCAUAUGAUGGAUGAAGGAUGAAGGAUGAAGGAUAGCCGCUUUCUGUAUAUCUACUAGAUAGAUAGCACCACCCGAACCAGCCAGAGAGAGGGCCGAGGACUGACUGACUCUCUCUCUGCGACGAUCAUCCGUUGGCAGGGCGCCCGAUGGUCGGCCAGGUGCAGUCCAUCAAUAAUGGGCGGCAGUGGCGGCACCGGAGCUGCAUGAUGCCACGAGGCGAGUCUAUCAUAGGGUGCGAUGAGUGCGACGAGGGCGACGAGGAUUAAUAACAGAUGUCAGAUGGAGCACAGUACACAGUGCAUAGUACGUAGAAUGGCGGAAGCAGUGAUCG